UGUGUAUAAAGCGAACUGUAGUUGAGCUUUAGCAUCACUGUUACAUCUGUGGAUUCUCGGGUAAACAUUUUAAAUAAACCUUGGCUGUUUAGACUCCCUGAUUCUGAGAAAGCAGUGUGUGUUAAAAAAAUGGAUGCAAUAUUCAGCUGCAGGCUGGAGGAUAUGGAAGAUUAUUAUAACCUGCUGGGAUGUGAUGAAUUAUCUACAGUUGAACAAAUUGUUGCAGAGUUUAAAGUCAGGGCACUUGAAUGUCAUCCGGACAAGCAUCCCGGAAACCCUCAGGCCGUGGAGAAUUUUCAGAAGUUACAACAUGCAAAAGAGAUUCUUUCUAAUGAAGACAGCCGAGCCCGUUACGACUACUGGCGAAGGAGCAAAAUUGCUAUCCCGUUCCAGCAGUGGGAAGCCCUGAGCAACUCAAUGAAAACAUCAAUGCAUUGGGCUGUCAGAGAUAAAAAAGAGCCAAUGUUGGAUGCUCCUGAUUCAAAUCGUAAUGACAAGAUGGCUGAUAAUUUUUCGCUGAAGACAGAAAUCAACGGGGAUGAUUUAUUCAAUGAGAGAAAGGAAAUGGAGGAUUUUCAAAUCUUUGAUGGGAAACCGAUGUCUCCAAAAAGCCCAGAUUCGCCAGAUCCAAAUUGCUGGCAUUUGCGCUUCCGUUGGUCUGGUGACACGCCAUCUGAACUUCUGCGGAAGUUUAGAAAUUAUGAAAUAUGAAGCAGAACAUCAAAUACGUAUGAAGGAUGAAACUGUUGAAUGUUGAAUGUGGUUUUCACUGUUUCAAUAUGUUUGUUGUUAAUAAAACUGUUUAUUAUAGAGUGACUGCUUGUAUGUAUUUAUGUCCCUUCAUAUACUGUAUUUUUCGGACUAUAAGACGCACUGGAGUAUAAGGCGCACCUAGAUUUUGAAGAGGAAAACAAGAAAAAAAAGUUUUCGGCUUCUGCGUGUCCAGUUUUUGCCCUCCCUGGCCCCCAGGAGCACUCUGCAGGCCUCCCAAAUCUUUCACACCAGAGGUGGGUUUCAGCAGGUUCUGACCAGUUCUGGAGAACCGGUAGCAGAGAUUUCGAGUAGUUCGGAGAACCGGUAGUAAAAUUCUGACUGGCCCUGCCCCCAUCUAUUCUCUACCUCCCAAGUCCCAGCUGAUCAGGAGGAAAUGGGGAUUUUGCAGUAACAUUCCCCUGAAUUGGGGAAGGAAUGGAGAUUUUACAGUAUCCUUCCCCUGGAGUGGGGUGGGAAUGGAGAUUUUACAUUAUCCUUCCCCUAGCUUGGGGUGGGAAUGGAGAUUUUACAGUAUCCUUCCCCUGCUACGCCCAAGCCAUGCCCACCAAGCCACACCCACAGAACCAGUAGUAAAAAUUUUUGAAACCCACCACUGUUUCACACAUCCCGUUUUCACCAAAAAUGAGCCUGUUCUUGGUCCCCCAAACCCCCCAUAUGUUCCGUUUUUGCCCUCCCCAGCCCCCAGGAGAACUCUGCAGGCCUCAAACCCGUCAAAACGUCCCGUUUUCGCCAAACCCGGGCUCGUUUUUUUGGGGGGGGUGUUUCAGGAGACCAAAAAGAGGGCUGUAUUCAGUCUAUAAGACGCACAGCCAUUUCCACCCACUUUUUUGGGGGGUGGGGAAGUGCAUCUUGUAAUCUGAAAAAUACGGUAUAUACUUUAUGUUAGGGAUGUACCUACUUUUGCAAAUGUUUCAAAAGUGCUGCUUCAGAACGUGUACAACAUAUGCAAGGAAACCAUGCAGCUGUCUAUCUUUUUUCAGGUGAACUAGAGAAAGAUGUAGCUCUUUUAAAACUUGCAUUUAGAAUUGGAUUCUUAAAGCAGCAGCAGCAGCAGCAUUUUUCAAGCUCAGAUGUAUGCCUGAAAAGGGCGGGGCGGGGGGGAAGCAGGCUGUUGUAAUGAAUAGCAGAGAGAUGCUGUGUUUACGCAGUGUUUGAAGCACCACUUCUGAACAAUUUUUGAAAUUUGUGUGGCUUCAGAAAUAUGUAUAAUUUGUGCAGCUAUGUAUAGUAUUUUAAAUUUUGUAACAUUAUUCUUAUAUAAAUUAUAAUGCAAAACGUUGUAGUUUCUGAACUAUUCAUUGCAUGGAUGAUAUGUUGGUGCAUUUAGUCCUGUUUCCAAAACUGUAUCCUUAACAAAAUUUGUUUCCUAUAACUUUAGAAACAUUAAGAAAAUUAUUUGCAGUCACCUUAACAUUCUUUAUUUCUAACUUCUAUUUCCAGCUAUAUUCCAUCCUGUGGAAAUGAAUUCACAGAUUUUAGCCCUUCAGCUCUGUCAUUCCCAUCUCCUAAAAGCCUACUUAUAAUGUCUCCUUUUUUUCCCUUGCUAUAUCCUGUUGCUUGCGAAACCUUCCAAAUUAUAUUGGUCAUACUACCUCCAUAUCACUCUGCAAUGUCCACCUUUUCUAAGAAACAUUUCCUCUAAUUCUUUACAUCCUUCCCCCCAGCAAAAUUGUAUACUUCAGUGGUGGGUUGCCCCCGGUUCGGACCGGUUCUAUAGAACUGGUAGUAAAACCGGCGGGAGGCUCCACCCACUGACCCAAACAUCAUCAAAACUCUUCUGCGCAUGCGCAGAAGCUUCUUCACACCGACACAAUGCGAACCGGUAGUAAAGGUGAGUAGAACCCACCCCGGUAUACUUAUCUUGCUAUUCUUAAUAUUCAGGGUCAAAAUACACACUGUGUUAGAGUUACAUGUAUUUUAACUACACGUAAAAAUAGCUACAAGCUACAAGCUUGAGGUUCUCCAGUGCCAUGUGGCUUUGCCACAUGGAAUACAGUAUAUAGAAUAAUAAAGUUGGAAAGGACCUUGGACGUCUUCAAAUCCACAAAUGGCUGUUCAAUCUCUUCUUAGAAACUUCCAGUGAUGGAGCACCCACAACUUAUGGAAAUGGAAAUUAAAAUGAAUGGACUGUAAUGAAAAUGGACAAAGAGGCUAAUGUGCCUGAAACUCCUGCACCUCGUGGUGAUUUUAAUAAAAAGAGAAUUAUGCCGAAAGCUUUGCUGUUGAACACAUUUCUGUGUAAUGUGACAUUUUCUUUUCUUCUGUCCCUUGGUUCUCUCAUUUAGUAAAUAAUUUAUUAAUAUGACUUGCCUUUUUUAAAAAUAAUAAUAAUGAUACCUUGUAAAUAUUAUGUAUUUGGAUGUCACUAAAUAAAUAAAAUAUAUAAACAAAAGUAAUAUCCCACUUCAGAAACUGAAGAAUUUACUAAUCUUGUACAGAAUUAACUCUUGGGGUGAAGUUUAUGUUUCAGUUAAAUGUACUUUAUUCUUCUCUUUAUUCUUCCAAGGAUAUUGAUGCUGUAUAUUGUUCAGUCUUCAAUAAACUGGUUGUUGAAAUUA